CAUGGAGCAUCAGCACCAGUCGCACCAACAGUACAAGCAUAGGCCUAGCAUGAGCACCAGGAGAACGGCACGCCCAGCCGCAGCAACAGCAGCAACCACAACAAGACGAAAAGCAGCAGCAGAUGCACCAAGGCUCUUUCAGAACAGCCGACGCCAUGAGUCACCCUAGCGAGGGCAGUAAUGACUGCCGGGUAUGAGAACAGCCUGUCCCGAUCGAUCCGACGGGAAACCUCUCCGCAGCUCCAGCCUCACCUUCCCAGUAUACAUCAGCCGAAACAUCGCAGGACGCUGCCAAUUCAUCACAGCCACCUUGAGAUCACACAGACUUUCGCAGCGGUAGCGCUCUGUAAUCGCCGGCGGAUACGAGUCGCCGGAAGAGAAGAAUCAUGGCCUCCCAAUCUACCCUCACUCGCAAGGCGUCUUCCACUAUCACCUCCAAAGCUAGGCUCUCAGCGGGAAUCAUGCCGCAGCAGCGGGGAACUGUCACGCACGCCAGCAACAGCACCGGUGCUUCUGCCGGUGACGCUAACACUAGCAUCCGCAUCAGCACCUGCACUAGCACUAGCACAAGCACAAGUGCCAUCACCAGCAGUAUUGGUCAGUAACGGCAACGGCAAGGGCAAUGGCAGCCACAACUGUGCCAACCGCAAGAGCAACACUUCCCGCUGUUGCCUAACCGAUGUCUUCAUCUACUUUGGAACGUAAGAUUUGCCGCUGAUGCUUUCCAGUUUACAGUGACCCGCUGUAGAGACUGCGCGAUACCAUUCGCCGUGCAUUCCCAUCUCAGUUGCUGCGGGACGGUCUUUACGCCUUCCCGCGUCGAGUUUACUCGGAAGAUGAAGAUUCGAGUCGGCUCGCGUCGGAUCACU